UCCACCUUCAGAUCGUGGGGGCGCCAAAACAAAGUUAAGGUCAAGUUAAUGGGCUGUGCGUUUUUAAAUCCCACGGUAAAGCUACUUAUUUUCUAGCAAUGGUCAGCAAUGUAUAAAUAAUCUGUAUAUUUGGUUGAGUAAUAAGUUUGAUAUCAUAAACUAGAGACUGACUAUGUGCUGUAGCUCCAAACCACUCGUCCAUGUAGACAAUGGUUUAAAUGUUUUUAAAUGCAAAGGCAACUUAGAAUUAACUACUGUUACUUCAAAUAUUUAUCACAAUCUGUAUUUAUAAUUAAAACACUGAAUCAUACGGAUUCUAUAAUAUUAUGACGCCGUUAGAGUAAACAAUAUGCAGGCAUUUCAAUUCAUGUCAGCGUAACGUAAACAGUGACGAGCAACAGGUCGCUUUAACUUUGUCAGUAAUAGGAAGGUAAUUCAGUCCCGUGUUAUGACAUAAAUACAUUGUCUGUGAUCGUUCUGCAAAUGAAUAUUAGUUUAUUGGAAGCAUCCUAUUUGUUUAACGUAGUGUAUCUUCGUUAACUGCCUGAAGCGUUGCAGACACCCGCUCACAGAACUGGGUUUACCCCCUAACAUUAAACGCAGUUCUAUUUAGGCUGCUGCCACAUUCUGUGUGUGACCUUCAGGUUCGAAGCUGAGCAAUCUAGAUUUUUUUUUUUUUUUUUAAUUUAUGUGAAGGCUCAAGUAAAUCACAAAUAAGUGCUGCAUUUCUUGGUGCGUAAUUUGGUGGUAAAUAUUUGGUAAUAAUUUGUAGAUAUUAAGUGUUUACAGCAGCUGCUUGUGUUUUUUUACUUAGUUUUGUAUAAAAAAAAAAAAAUUAUACUUACACAAGCAAAAUAUUUGUUGGGGCUCGGAGAUCUCCGUUCACUGACGUUUCCACUCCGUUUUGCAGAAAGAGGCCGAAACGCUGCAGGCACGGCUGCCCUGGUGCAAUAAAAUCAUUUAGCUGCGGUGGCUUGUUGGUGGAUGCUUGCUGGACAUCACCUAGACCACAGACGGUCAAAGCUAGUUGUUCUGGACUUGGCAAUGUUGAAUGUGCUCAGUGAUUCAUGCUCGCAGCUGACUGAGCUUCUGCACCGUGGCAUCCAACAUCAACCCUUCUGCGUUUGCACUCUCAUUCCGCGGACUGUUUGAUUUGGAUUUUUGCUGCGUUCAUCUGCGUUGUCGAUUAAGAUGUGGCACGAAAGGAACGGACAGAGAGCGACGUUUUCGCCCUUCUCGCGCAAACCGAUUUCAAAAGCGACGCACGCACGAGCCUAUUUUGCACGUUUUGCAGUAGUUUUGCUAGAAUUUAUUGCAGUGGUGUAGCGGUCGUUUAUUUCUUCUGUGGCGCCUGAGGGUUUUUAUUUUUUUGAAACACGCUACAGACCAAGACGACGUAUUAAUAUAUUUUCUCUCCCAUUUGUUUGUGUGUUGAGCAGCCUCUCAGUCGCCACGGUGCAGGGCGAUUACAGCAAUGAAGCCUCAAGUCUUUACGCAUAAGAACUGGCCUAAUGAGUUGUGCGAUAAUCACGGGCUGAAUCACAAUUGUGCAGGGUCGCGCUUUAACCCCGCAGCCUCGGUGGCACCGUGGCCUUGGUGCCACUCUCCUUUAAGCGCCUCGUGACAUGCGAAGGUCAACUCCAAUAUUUCCAGCCUAACUGUUGCUACAAACAAAACACGCCUCCCCCAGAAAUGUGUGGCAAAAUGCAAAUUUCUAUUAAAGAAAUCCUCUGCACUCAUUUUAUGUCGUUACACGUUCACGUCGGCGCUGCUGCGAGAGUAAAUCAAAUAUUUCAGCUGUGGUUCAUUUAUUUCUUUUUCUUUUUUUUUUUUCGAGCCACAGGGCAACAAGGCUGGAGAGGAGUUUCCUCUGCAGCCGGGGAACCAAUGAAUUCUCUCGCAUGCGCUCACAUGAGUUUCUCCGGACAGUUUUUAAUGACUGAUAUUGAUGUAUGGUAAUUUCUUAGCUGGAUCACAUGACACAAUUACCUCAAGAAUCGAUCAAGAUGUAUUGCAGGUCUGCCUACGUUUCCGAUUUUUUCUCCCUGGCGGGGUCUCUCCACACGCCUGUGGUGCUAUAGAUGGACAAAGUUUAACACAGUCAAGCUGCCAAUUCCUCUGUUACGGAGAGGAAAAGGGGAGAAGCGCUAUGACGGAAUACGACGACCGCAGCUGUGCGUCAAAUAUGUAUUUACCGAACUGCACUUAUUACGUUUCGACGCCCGAUUUCACCUCAGUCUCCUCCUUUUUACCGCAGACUACAUCGUGUCAGAUUAAUUUCCCCUAUUCCUCCAACAUAACCCAGGUCCAACCUGUUCGAGAAGUCGCUUUCAGGGAUUAUGGACUGGACCAUCACAGCAAAUGGCACUACAGAGGCAAUUAUGCGCCUUACUACUCGGCGGACGAGAUAAUGCACCGGGACCUGAUCCAGUCCUCCGGCACCAGGGCGGAUGUGAUAUUCAAAAACGAACCCCUGUACGGCCACCACGGAGGGACGAGCUCGCCGUGCAGUUUCUUCACCGGCGUCGGCCGGAACGGGGUGCUUCCCCAGGGCUUCGACCAGUUCUUUGACUCUCCCAACUCGGACAAGCCCAACGCGGAGAUCCUCAAACAAAAGACAGACUCUGCCGCGCCGGGAGACGCCGUGAAUAACAAUCAGGCUUUAACCAAACUAGAAGAGCACAAAGCUGAGCCGAGCGGGAGCGUCGACGACGACUCGUCGUCCAACUGCGGCGACAAAACCAGCCAAGAGAGUUCAUCAGCCAAGUCCAGGAAGAAGCGGUGUCCUUACUCCAAAUACCAGAUCCGAGAACUUGAACGAGAGUUUUUCUUCAACGUGUACAUUAACAAAGAGAAGCGGCUCCAGCUGUCCAGGAUGUUAAACCUGUCCGAUCGGCAGGUGAAGAUUUGGUUUCAAAAUAGAAGAAUGAAGGAGAAAAAGCUGAACCGCGACCGUCUACAAUAUUUCACUGGCAAUCCUUUAUUCUGAUACCUGAAAUAGGAGCGCACACACGCUCUCCUUCUCUCUCACACACUCUCACACACGCCACACACACACACACACACACACACACACACACACUCUCACUCACUCUCUCACACACACACGUACGGGAAGAAAAUAGCAGCUACACACACCUUUUAAAGACUGGUUCUCUCAGCUUCUGUUUAAACUGUCUAUUUUGCAAAAAAUAAAAAUAAAUACACAACCGAGCUGUCAUAAUUUAGCCAAAAAUCUGCAUUUAUUUAUUCAUGUUCAUAUAAUUUCGCGUAAUUUGUAAACAAAAAAAAAGCCAAGUGCGAUCCGUGCUUCGAAUUUGUUUUGGUCAAUACGUAGGCUUCUUCCUUGUGCAUUGUGCAUAUAUAAGGACGCAUGUAAUGUACGUUGUGGUGUGAAAUAAAGUAGACACGGUACGUGUUGUAUGAUAGUCAUAUGAAGACCUGUAAAAAUGUGUCAUAGGGGGAAACGUUCCAAAUCAGGGGAGAGAUUUGGCGCUCGCGGGCCUGUACGGUCUCGUUAUUUCCUUUCCUUUCAAACACUGGAUUGUUUACUAAACCUUGAAGCGUCUAGACAGUAUAAUAAAAGUAGCUGUAAAUGUCUAAAUAGGGGGCUAUUGGACUUUGGUGUCCCAACCCCCGAAUCACAACAGGAUCGAUUCUUUCUUGCCCGCAGUAGUUUCACUUCAGGCCCAUUCAUUAUGAUUUUUUGAGAGUGAAUUUAAAUCGAUGGCAGCGCAUCACGCCUAUAUUUAGUUGGUUUUGACCUUUUGAGACAAUUGAAAUGCUGCCACACCACUUGGGCGAUAAGUGGCGACAUUCUUCGCUUUCUGGACAUAUAAGUCAUUGUUCCGUCUUUCAUUUGCUUUUCUUGCAAAAGUGAUUAAACGUGGCUUUGGCGCAUUCAAAUGUGCUGCACGCGCCAAUUAUUUCUCAAUAUUAGGGAUAAAAACCGCAUUUUUGUGUUUUAUAAAAGGCCAAACGACACGUUUCCGUCUUCUGUUGCUCCACCAGUGCUGUCAUCUAAAGGCCACACUGUCUCUCGGCCGUGUGGAAUAUUGCAAAAAAAAAGGGCAAACUAAAGAAAUGUGACAAUUUAACUCUCGAAUGAUUAAUAAUUAAUGUGAUAUCACAAGAUUAGUAUCACCCAGUCUGCGCAGCUACAAUUUCUCACUCCUUUUGGUCUUUCUAAAAAGGAAUUUAAAUUAAUGUUUAUUUCAUUUGUGAGAUAUCACAUCUACCGUUAUUUCCCUCGAAGGCUAUUAGAAAACUGAGGUUUCAUUAAGCGUUUAAUUGGGUUGCCAUCAUGUCCUACAGUGAAAUCACAUUACCAACUGUGUGGGUUAUUUCUCUCAGAUUCCCCGCGUAUCCACAUGAGGGCAGACUUGCUGCUUUAGCUUUUAGUGGAAAUGCAGAGUUCAGCCAAAUUUAACAUCCACCCAGCAUGAAAAUCAGUCAGUGGAGGAAUAAUCCGCUCGUGCACGGUUUGAUUAGAUUUUUUUAUGUCAUUCUAACUCCAUUAAUUACUCGGAAUGCUCUUCUGGUUUCAGUAGAUUUUACACAAGCUCAUUCUCUUUUGAUAAAAAUGUUGAAAAAGCGUCUUGUUUUGCAUCAAGUUUUUAAAUAUGUCCUGUUAAGUUACAGAUGAGAACACGUGUUAGGCAGAUACUGUUAUAAUACAGCGUAAUACUGCAGUUUUUGUAUGAAGUCAGUGACGUUUUAAUUUGGCGCAGUGUCUGUGCGCCAUUCCUCGGACCACAGUUGUUGUCAUGUUCAAGUGUUUUUGAAAGGGCAAGGUAAAGAGUAGGAAUCAAACUCUGCUUCGUGUCUUUGUCAGUUGAACCUGAAAACGGAGAUUUUAAUGUUCACAACUGCAGCGGCUGCUGAAAUCUGUACAGCCACCAAAUGUUCUUACGAGGGCUUUAUUUCUAUAGAUAAUAAUGAGAUUUUUACGUUAUAGCAUUUUCAUUUUUCGUACUAUAUAAAUGUUUUUUUUUUGUUUUAAAUGGUCGUUUUACUGUUUUCCACUUUUUUAUCUAUAGUUUGCUUUUCAGUUUAAACACAUUUCACAUGUGCAUGUUUUUUUUUUAAUCAGUGUCCUUGUUUAAAUAACGGUACUCUAACCUCUAUAUAACUGUUAUGGUUAUCAUCCACCUUUAUGGUGUUUCAUUAGACUAAAUCGUAUUGGCUCAUCAUACCUAAUACAUAUUGUGUCAUAUUAAAUAUACAAUAUACUUUGUUUUUAUGCGUCACAGGAAACAAAUUGUUUUCGCUUGAUGCACCAGAAGCGAUGUGUCAUCAGUUGUUUGAGAUAAAUGUCAUUAAAUAAAUGUAAUACGGUACAGUGGUAAAUUACAUUUCUAACUCAACGCCAUAAUCUGAAUUGCAGUAUUAAACAGGCCUCUGUUUUGCCCUGUGUGAAUCCUGUGGUGAUGAUGAUGUGCAAACAACACGUGGUUUAUUUACAGCCAACUGUAAAUACAGAUGAUAUAUACACAUUCACCGAGGGACGCUGUAUCAGUCAUUUACGUUUGUAGCAAUUAUACCAAAGAUAAUAAUUUCAAGUUUAAUUCGCUCUUUUUGGCGCCGUAUUUGUUUCUUGCGAUAUUGUUGAAAAUUACUGGUUUUCGCAUAUGUUUGGACACAAGUUCUUAAGUUUUGUCCCCUGUUUAACAACACAGUCCUGCUCAUAUUCUGCUUCCUUGUGGCAAUCAAAUCCAUCUCAUGCAAGGUCUGAUUAGUUUUUUUUUUCUUUUUUUAUAUCAUUCUAACUGCAUCCAUUACCCAGAAUGCUGUUGUGACUUCAGCAGAAGUAUCACUAGCCGGAACCCUUGUUAAAAUUGUCCGAAAGCAUCUGCUUUAAUUGCAAAUAUUCAGCUGUCUGCAGUUUCUGUGCAGAUGUGAGACGGACACAAACUGUGGAGCCCUGAGCAAAAUCACCCCCAGACUGCGUUCAGUACUUUCCUUUUUAUUUUUCACGUAAAUAUCUGCACAAAUGCAAAUAACGAUAUUGUGCUUAAUGGUGUGUGCAAACAAUAAAGGGCCAAUUCCUGUUUGGAUUAAGUGCAGAGCUUUGUGAAACAUUUGUUUGUGUGAAUGGUGCACUCACCUUAUGGAUUCAUUUAAUUUAGGCAUAUUUAAGAACUCGUAAAAGGUUGUUUUCCUAAUUCCAGAUGAGUUAAGGUUGUU